AUGGCUGUCAAUGUCCCAAAAGGAGCCAUCGGAGUAGAUGAAGAAACAGUAGACAAAGGAACAAAGCAUCAGGCUCACUUGUUUGGACUGAAACCUUUUACCACGUAUCACAUUAACAUUGUGGCUGUAAACAACGCUGGCCAACUUUUGAGUCCCUGGACUUCUGUGACCACGCUAGAAGCUUCACCUAGCGGCCUGAGCAACUUCACUGCAGAGAAGAAAGAGAACGGCAGGGCAUUGUUAAUUAAAUGGUCAGAGCCUUCCAAACCCAAUGGAGUAAUUAAGACGUACAAUAUUUUAAAUGAUGAUAAUCUGGAAUAUAGUGGUUUAUCUCGUCAGUUCCUGUUUAGACGCUUGGAACCUUUCACACUGUACACUCUAGUACUUGAGGCUUGUACUGUGGCAGGUUGCACUCGCUCUUCACCACAGCCAGUCCGAACAGAUGAAGCACCCCCUGCGUCUCAGCUGGCACCUGUAAUCCAGUCAGUUAAUGCUACCAAUAUUGAACUGAGCUGGUCUGAACCAAUUAAUCCAAAUGGAAAAAUAAUUCACUAUGAAGUUAUUCACAGAUGCACAAAAGAAAAUGCUUCAGGGAACAGAGCAACAACAGUAGAGGAGAAAAUUGUUUUCACAGAAUAUAACAUUGAAAAUAAUACAUUUAAAUACAAUGAUAAAGGUUUACAGCCAUGGACAAGGUAUGAAUAUAAAAUACGUGCAUGGAAUUCAGUGGGCUAUACCGAUAGCUCUUGGUCAGUGGCGAAGACUAGUCAAGCUGCCCCUAAAGGUCUUGCUACACCUAGGUUAACCUAUCUUUGA